AUGCAGCACUCACGAGGUUGUGUGCUCGACCGCCGCCGCCAUCUCACCGACCAACAACAGUCUCCACGGUCCUCUGGUCGAGUUCCAGGAGUCUGGGAGGCGGUGGAGCUAGCGGAAGGAGCUCAGGUGGAUGCAAAGAAGGACAAAAAGGCACGUGCAUACAUCCUGCAGUGUGUCCCCGAAGACAUCGUUCUCCAGAUCGCAACAAAGAAGACGGCGAAGGAAGUCUGGGACAGCCUCAAGACGAGGUACCUUGGUAGUGAUCGGGUGAAGAAGGCACGUGUACAAACAUUGAAGAGCGAGUUCGACGCUCUCUGGAUGAAAGAGACCGAAACGAUUGAUGAGUUUGCUGGCAAACUCAGUGCCCUAAGCAGCAAGUUCUCCACCCUUGGUGCCACGCUUGAAGAUUCCUCGUUGGUAAAAAAAUUGCUCGAUUCUAUCCCUGAUAAAUUCUUUCCUAUUGUUGCUGGUAUUGAGCAAUUCUACGACCUUGAGUCUAUACCACUUGAGGAGGCUAUAGGGCGACUGAAGGCGUACGAAGAACGAACGCUACGACUACGCAGCAACACCAACGGCACUGAAGGUGAGCUCCUAUUAACCCAUGCCGAAUGGCAAAUGCGACAGAAGGGGAGCAACGUGGACACUUCGUCAGGAGGAAAGGGGCGUGGGUCCAGCAGCCCUAGUCGUGGCAAAUGGCGUGGACGUGGGCAAGGGCGCGGUCGUGGUCGUGGUACGCAACGCCAAGACAGUGCAGGAGGGACUAGCGGCAACAACAGUGGCACUCGAGACAAGAGACAUAUAAAAUGUUUCAAUUGCGAGAAAAUGGGGCAUUAUACGUCCGAAUGCUACAACAAGCGGCAUGAUGAUGAGGCUCACCUCACUUGUGCCACCGAUGAAGAGCCGGCACUGAUGAUGACCGUGUCCCACGAGGAGUCUGACACUAGGCAUGAGCGGCAGGAUACCAUUCUGCUCAGUGAAGAUAGGUUGCUACCGGAGAUGUACCGCGGCGUUAAGAAAGAAGAUAAAGACGUCUGGUACCUUGACAACGAAACUGGGAACGAAGUGAACAUGGAGAAAGAUAUCAUGAAGGUGAUUGAUAGGAGCGGGAAGCUCUUGAUGCAGGUAAAGCGAACACAAAAUCGCUUGUACAAGCUGUUAGGGGAGAAGAAAUUGACAGUUGAUGUACCUCCAUUGCCCCAGCCGAACAAGCUUUGCGAGGUAUGUGUGGUCGCUAAACAUGCAAGGUCACCAUUCCCGCACCAAGCAAACUUCAGAGCGACAAAGCCGUUGGAACUUCUCCAUGCUGAUAUUUGCGGGCCAAUUUCACCAAGUACACUGGCUGCAAAGAAAGAUGUAUUCCAAGCAUUCAAGAAAUUCAAGUCCGUGACGGAGAACACGACUGAGUACAAGAUCAAAACACUUCGGACAGACCGUGGCGGUGAGUUUCUAUCCACAGAGUUCACUCGAUUCUGUGAAAAUGAAGAGAUCGAGCGGCACUUUACGGCUCCCUACACACCCCAACAGAAUGGCGUUGUAGAGCGCCGUAAUCGCAUUGUGAUGGCCAUGGCAAGAUCUCUCCUCAAGGGUACACAUAUGCCGGCAAGGUUCUGGGGAGAGGCAGUUAGGCAUGCUGUCUAUCUGCUAAAUCGUCUCCCAACUAAGGCGCUAGGAGACCGUACCCCAUUUGAAGCCUGGAUGGGGAGAAAGCCACAUCUCGCCCACUUGAGAGUGUUCGGUUGUGUUGCAUACGUGAAAAAUACAACCCCUCACCUGAAGAAACUUGACGACAGAAGUUCACCCAUGGUAUACUUGGGUGUCGAGGAAGGUUGCAAAGCUCAUCGUUUAUUUGAUCCAAGGCAUGACAAGCUACAAGUAAGUAGAGAUGUAGUAUUUCAAGAAAAUAGUGAAUGGACAUGGACUGCAGGUGCUAACCAUGAAGAAAACUUACCGGAGUUUAUGGUGGAGGAUGCACUCGACACCGACGAGGUGAUUGUUGUAGCAGACAUUGAGGCAGGAACAGAAGAUGUCGCACCACCGGCAACAGCCGUGGUAUCCAUGACAAGAGCAUCAAGUCCAUCUACAUCAUCAUCGAGCACCCAUACAACUACCUCACCUGACUCUCAUGAAGGGCCAGUUUGGUUUAGGUCCAUUGCCGAUAUAUAUGCCAACACUGAGAAAGUGGUUGGUAUUGAUGAAUAA